UUUUAUUUACAUUUUCUUUUGAACUGAACUGGAGUUCCCUUUUGAGGUUUACACAGUAACCUGAAUAUAUGCAGGUAUUAGGUAUUAUAUGUGUGUAACAUGUAUGUUGUGACGGUGAAGUCUCCAGGGAGUCAAUGUUAAAACACUCACACAAGAGGGUCUGUUUAUAGCAGUAAAAUGUCUGGGGGCGUGGUUUCCCGUCUCUGUGGGCGGGGCCAGAGGGUUACCUAGCGGCCGGCAGCAGAGUGAUUGACAGCUGAGCGGCUUAAAGCCUCAGGGACGGAGCAGCGGUCAGGAACGACACAAACCAGCCGCUUUAUAACAACUGAACCCGGGAUUUAUAAACGAUCUCUGGACUCUGACGGAGUUUAAAUCUACUUUGCUUUUGUUUUGUGGAACAAGUUGGAGAAACUGACCUUCCUCCAGGACAGCAGACAGCAGGCUCAUUGGUCCAUGUCGUCCCUCCAGCAGCAGCAGCAGCAGCACAGAGGCCAGCAGCUGCCUGCCAAGCCCAGGGAAAGAGCCUGAUCCUGGGCCAAGAGAGCCAGCUAAUGCCCGCCCCUGGUCCAGCCACCAUCCCACACACUAAGCUGGAACAUGCUAUAGUCACCUGACUGCCAGGCAAAAUGAUGGCCUCGGUGGUUGUCGGGGGCAACCGGAAGAAGUCUCUGACGCUGAGAGGGGUGGACCCCGAGACGUGCAUGAUUGUGUUUAAGAACCACUGGGCCCAGGUAGUAAAGAUCCUGGAGAAACAUGAGCCAGGUCGUAGCAGCACCGGUGCGUUGAGCUUCCUCUCGGGCCAUGCUAGCAGCAGCUCCGGAGUGUUACGCCUCGGCCCCAUCCCGGCUGACGAGGCCAGCGCUGUCCAGAACUAUGUGGAACACAUGCUCUUCCUGCUGAUGGAGGAAGAGGCUGGGCAAGGAGGAGCGAUGGGUCCCAUCCUGGAGUUUGUGGUUCUGGAGGGUGUGAUGGAGAGGCUGUUUCUGUGGAGCCUGAGGAGACAGUUUACUGAGGACAUGAAGCUGGAGCAGCUCAGGAUGUACCAGAUGCUUCUAUCUCAGGCCAGGCAGCCUCUGCUGCACCAUAAACCAGUUCUACGGCCGCUCAUGAUGCUGCUGGCCUCCUGCGCUGGAGCUGGAACUGACUGCGGCGGUGUGGUGGAGGCGGAGCUGGUCCUCCUGUUGAACCAGCUGUGUGUCGCUCUGGUCAAAGAUCCCUCAGUGCUGGAACUGUUCUUCCACACCAGUGAGGACCAGGGAGCCGCCAACUUCCUGCUGUUCUCCCUGCUCAUACCAUACACACACAGACAGGGUUCGGUUGGUCAGCAGGCCAGAGACGCUCUGCUGCUCAUCAUGUCGCUGUCGGCCUCCGAUGCUCGAGUCGCCCAGCACAUCGCAGAGAACACGUACUUCUGUCCUGUGCUGGCCACAGGUCUGUCUGGUUUAUACUCGUCUCUUCCAGCCAGGCUGCAGGUUUACAGUGAGGACUGGCACUAUCUGGACCGGGCUGACUGGCAGCAGGUUCCUGCUCUUGUCCACUUCCUGCACUCACUGGACUUCUGCAGUGCCGUCACCAAGGUCGCUCACCCCUCCAUCCGCUCUCAGCUGCUGGGUUACAUCUACAACGGCUUCCUGGUGCCUGUCCUGGCUCCUGCUCUGCACAAGCUGACGGUUGAGGAGGUGAUGACCACCACAGCGUACCUGGAUCUGUUCCUGCGCUCCAUCUCUGAGCCCGCCCUCCUCCAGAGCUUCCUGUCCUUCAUCCUGCUGCACACACAUGACAACGUGCACAUCCUGGACACACUGGUCAGCAGGGUCAACACACCUUUCCAGCUGGGUACAGUGUCGCUGGCGCUGUUCAGGACUCUGAUUGGUCUCUUCUGUGAAGACGUCAUGCUGCAGCUGGUGUUCAGGUAUCUGAUUCCCUGCAGCCACCUGAGCAGGAAGCAGCGCUCCUCCUUAAAGCAGACGGACUGUUACUCCUCCAGCGCUGCCUCCUUCCUGCUCCUCCUGCCAUCCUGGUGCCCUGGAAACCUCCACAACGUUAACACACACUCACACUCGGAGCACAUCCACUGGCCCAAAGGAGCAGAUCUGUCAGUAUCAGACAGUGUCGGUUACCGUCGGGGUUCAGACUUUCUGAUGGAUGUGAACUACCUCCACUACCUCUGGGACGCCCGCCAGGCCAUCGCCACGUCCCACAGGGCGUGUCGGCUUUGGUCGGCUCAGUAUGACGGGAUCGACCCACCGCCUCAAGAAUACCGGUCGGACACACCAGGAGACGACAUAGAAGAUGAGGAGGAGAUCAUACGGCGAGUCAAGAGUGACUCCAUCUGCUCUCUGGGCAUCACUCCUCAUCCCUCUGCCCUCUCCCCCACGCCCUCCUCCUCAGAUACCGUCUCUACGAGCAACCAGACAGGACGAGCCAGCUCUGCGCUGGAGCUGGAGUGGGACGACAUUUUUGCAGAUGACGAUCCCUCUUCGUCAGGGCUGAUAAACACGGCACUUGCAAAUGGCACCAUGGAGGCUGACAGAUGCACUUCUACUACACCCUUACCUCCUCAGCACAUCCAGGAAAUGCGACGCACUGCGACCAAACUGGUGCACGGCUCAUACGUGGAGGAGUCCGAGUUUGAGGAGGAUGUUCUGGUCUACAACCUUGUCGCCCAGAGAGAAACUAAGGCCGCCACUUUGGAGCGAAUCAUGGCAGCGAAUCGGCGGGCACGUGGGAGCAUUUUAAAUGGCCAACAGGUGUCGGCCACAGCAACAACAACGACAAUAACAACAAUGUUAACAACAACAGGGAGGACGGUAAUGGAGACGGUUAACAGUAUAAUGUCGACAAGGAGGAGGAGCGAGGAUGGAGGGAAAGAGGAAAGAAGGAGGAGUGAGGAUUAUUUGAAGGAGGUGAGGAGGAGGAGUGAGGACUGUGGGAAAGAGAUGGGGAGAAAGAAGGAGGUUUGGGAAGAUGAGAUAAAGAGGAUGGACGUACAAGGAGGACGUCAGUUUUUCACCAACGGCUUUAAUGCUAAGAAUCACAUCAUCGACGAAUGUGAUGAUACAGAUGAAGAUGGCAGGACGUUAAAACAAAACUGCAGCAUGAGUGACUUCACAGCGACCGUCAAUCACACACACCACAACACACAACAUCCCACGCCAUGUUUAGUGACUUUACCCAACGGCUACUCUGAAUUUGAGCCACGUGACAAUUUGGUGUCUGACGCCAAGCCUCCAAAUCCGCCUGGCAACAAAGUUGCGAGUAGCGAUGACUUCCUGUCCCGAUACCACGAGCUCAUGCUCUCGUUAGGGGUGGAGCCAGACUGUGACGACAUCACACAUGACAUCAGCACAUUCAGAAGGCGGGUCCGAGCGCUGAGGCAAAAACUGGAAGAGGAGGAGGAAUUCGCUUUUGGAUCCUCGUGGAACGAUGGAGAGGAGGAAGAAGGAGAAGAGGAGGAGGUGAUGGAAGAGGAAGAAGACGUAGAGGAAGGAGAGGAGAGGAAGAGCGGCAGUAAGAAAGGCAGCAGGAGAAAUGGAGUUCCAUUUACAGGUCCCUUCAUCAGCGUCCUGUUGUCCCGGCUUGAAAACCUCCUGGAAAACACCAUCGCUGUGAACCUGCUGGUGACAGGCAUCCUUGCCCAGCUGGCAUCGUACCCACAACCUCUCCUGAGAUCCUUCCUGUUCAGCACAGACACACACAACCAGCCCAACGUUCGCACACUGUACCAGGUGUUGGUGUCGGUGCAUGCUCAGAUCGAGCGCUACGUGGCGGGCAGACCAGACUAUCCUGCCCUGGUCACUCAGGCCUGGAGGUUCUUGUUGGCUAAAGACCAAGACAGCAAGUUUAGAGAGUGCCUCCAGUCUCAGGGCGGCGACAUCAUCCUGGACCCGUCUCUUCCUAACGGCUCUGUGAGGAACGCUUUGGCUUUGCCUCCUCUCAGCUACCUGCCUCCCUGCCCUCCCAUCCCCUCUCAAGCCAAGAGCCGAGUGUUCGCCAUCGUCCUGUUCGCCGAGUUCCUGAAAGAGCUGGCUGCCAUCGCCCAGGAGCACAGCAUCGCACUGGACUGCUCCGCAGAGGAGUAAUGGGAGUGUCGUUGAGUUUAACGGCCCGUCUAGCUGUGAAUAUCUGCCUGAGAAAUUGCCAUUGAUGUGCCCGUGAGCAACUACGUAGCGAAGGAGCCCCCAGCAGGAGACUGAGGGCUUGGAGCAGUCCUGAAGACACAAGCACAAAACAUGCAACUUAGAUCAUACUACACGUGUGAAUAAUUUAUAUGGAUAUUACAGUAAUAUAUUUGUAUGUACAGUUUGUUUGUAUUCCUAGCAGCACUUGAAUAUUUUGAAGUUUUCCCUAUUGUGAAUAUGGAUAUUUAUAUGUUGAUGAAAAUGAUUUGAAAGAGAUUAUUUUGGAGAUAAAUCAAGCUUUCUAUAUAUCUGUGGGAUGAGUGCAAAAAGUUUUCUACACUGUUUACUGAAAUCUUUGCAGUUAUUUCUUCAUUUGGAAAAAAUGUUGGUUAUUUAAGAGUUUUAUUGUUAUUUAAAAAUACCUUACUGUGGCAAUCCUACUCAGGAGGGGAAACUUGACGCAUAAACUAGGAUAAAAAUAAAACUAACCUCACCUGAACACAUUAAAGUGACUUUACAUCAGUUUUGCUAACCAUUUAUCAACACGAAAAAUAACUUUACUUUAGGCACGCUAGCUGGCCUGCGCGACAGUAAGCUGCUAGCUAGCUGCUUGGGCUAAAGGUUUGUACAUUCAAUUUAAAAGUCCAGCGUGCAGGAUUGAAGAGCAUGUGUCGGGCCGCACUUCCCCUUGCCAUAAAAUAACCCAGGUAUGAGUCCUGAAACCUGGAAAUGGAUUAGCAUUUUUGCACUCCAUUUUAGCAACCCAGUACCAGCACCCUAAUUUAUAGCACUUGGUGGCGUCAGGGGGAAACGCAGUGGGACAAGAAAGAAAGUUAAGGCAGUGCAAGUCCAAGGUGGGAGGGGUGGUGGAUGCGUUGAUUACCUGGGAGGGCGGUGCUCGCGUCCUGCAAGAUUAUAAAGCCAAACCCUGUUGUUUUUCCUAAACCUAGCCACGCACAUUAGUUGUUGGAGGGAAAAAAUUAACAUCAAUUUGUGGUGUUGUACUGACGUAGUGCUUUUAUUUUGAAAGAAACUGCAUGCAAAUGUUAAAUUUCCUGUGAAAACAGAAGUGUAUUUUGAAAGAAGACAAUGUAUGUAACAAGCAGAACUUGACACGGUGUCCCAGAGCAUCAAUAACCAACACACCCAGGGUACCUUGCGUGUCGUUAAACGUCAAAAUGUGACGAGGUCAGAGUGAGAAUGUGUUGGUUUUCCUGUCAUGUCUUCAUCUACAAACACAAACACACACACACGGACAAAGCCUUACUUAAUCGACAGAGAUUUUAGUGCAAGAUGCAAAAAUGAAAUGAUUUGUUUCUCUCAUUUGCACUUUUGUCUAUGUGCAUUUUGUUGUUUUCAAUGUAAAGUGUGUGAUUUAUGUAAAGAAAUGUCUUUAAUUUUUGUCCUUUUUCACCUGAGAAAAAAGUGAAAUUAUUUGCUGUCAUGCUCCUUUGGUGUUCCCUUAUGCUGCGUUCAGGUCAAGUAGGGGGGGAAAAGUACAUGACUAUGUGACUCCAAACGCAUCUAAACUCAAGAAAACAUCCAAAUUACAGGAAAUGCUUCUGCCUGUUUGAUGUGAACGCAGCAUACACCCUACCAGCCUCCCUUCAAAAUAAAAGCUGUGUUACCAUGAAGACAUAAUUGUAUGGACAGCGAUGCAGCUCUUGGCUCAACUUGCUGUGCGUUGAUACUGCCACCUGCUGGUGAACCACUGCUCUUUUCUUUUUACUGUCUGGUCUCUGUUUUUGGAAUAAAUCAUUGCCAAAUGACGUGAAAAUAAUAAAACCAAUUAUCACAAUCUUGUUUUUCAA